AUGCUCCCCAACAGCCAGUCCUUUCUAAACACCUUCCCACCACCCCCUGGGGCCUCCUCGCCCAUCCAGACCUCCCAAGAUACGGACAGAAGCCUUAGUGCAAGCCAGUUUGAGGCUCUCCAGGGCAUCGGGCAGGAUGAGAAUUCGAUACAGCAGCCUCAAUUAUCCUAUCCCCUCUCUGUUAGCUUCUCCGGACAGGAGUCAAAUACACAACCGGCUACCCCUUUGCAUCCCCCUACCGGCGAAGCACAGCCUUUGUACGGACAAGGGCAGAACCUGGUCGUCUCGCCGGACUUCUCUCCCUGGCACAAUGGUACCAAUAUAUCCCCUAUCAGUGUCCCGGAGAAUCGGCCGUGGAACUACUUCUCGCGUCAACACAAUCCACAUGGCAGCUAUGUAACACAUGCAGAUAUUGUGCAGCAGUCACACACAAACGGUCUACAGUACCAGCAUCCUCCACCGCUGACGGCUACUCCAUGCCCCGCCGGCCCUACUGGAGGCACUGAACUGCGGGCCCGGUCCCUUUCGGAUUCAGGGUAUAUGUCAAGGUUUUCCUUCGGCACCCCAGGGAAUAUUUCGUUCCAAGGAAUUAUACCCAAUAUUCCACAGAGUCCUCAAACAGUAUCUUUUAAUGGUCUUGCCCAUCCAGGAUACAGCCCAAGCGCUCAGUAUAGCCCGGAGGCCAGUCCACUGCCUGGAGAGCAAACUCCGCAACCAAGGACAAGGAGGAAGAGAAAGGAGCGUAAGGUUUCCUGUACACAUUGCACUUGGGAAGGACGUUGUGCAUCUGAACUCAAAAAGCAUAUCCAGCAGAAGCACACAAAGCCGUACGUAUGCAACGUCAAUGGCUGUACUACCAAUUUUGGGUCGUCGAGCGAUCUGAGAAGACACCAGUUAAGCCGUCAUCCAUCAGACCGGACUCCGAGCUACAAGUGCUUUGCAACGAAAAAGAAAUCGUGCCUUGAAAGUUCACACAUAUUCAAUAGGCGGGAUAACUUCAAAACACACCUUGAGAAAACCCAUGGUCUAACCGAGAAGGAAAUAGAAGAGCAUUUCAUGUUAUCUAACAAGUGGCUCUUCGGCCUCAGAGGGGGCUCCAUGGCACAGAAUGAAGUGUCAUUGCAGCCUUCAGUCCAAGUUGACAUUCCCGCGGAUUACAACCCAACGGAAGAAGCUAUGGCGUUAGAAGAAAGUCUUGAUAUGGCUAGAGGAAUAAAAAAUGACAUGGACGGCUUUAUAGACGACUUCUUCAAACAAAGCGGAGGCCUCAAUCCACCUGGUAUUACAGGAUCAAUGAGCUACCCUGGUCCAAACAUCACACCUGGAGACUUGUCCAUUACUUUGGCUGGCGAGAAUUUCCCCGGCAAUUCAAACCAGCAGCCACAAUAUUUUCCUCGGUGCGAGAACUCUGACGAAAGAGAACAGUCUCUAAGAGCA